AUGCGUCAGAAUAAUGAGUUGAGAGAAGAGAAUAUAAGAUUACAGGAGCGGAGAUCGAGAAGUAUGACUCGUUCAAGGUCAAAAUCAAGUACAUCAAGACGUAGUCAAUCUAAUCGAAGAGAUGUCAGGCAGCAAACACGUUUGGAUGAUAUUGUAAACAGUCAAGAAAAUGAUGAUUUACCCGAUCGACAAGAUGAAUAUCGUAUGGAUCAACCACUAAUAGAUGAUCGAUAUGUGCAACAUGGUGAAGGACAUCGAAUACAAGAAGAUAAUGGACAUAACAGGUAUGAACAACGAAUUGAACGACAACAAGGUGAAAAACAUGAUCCAGAACUAGGAAGGGUGAUACUAAAGGGUAUGCAAGAAUUUAAAGAUCAACGUGUGCGAGAGGCUGAGAUAGAAAUAUAUAUGGCAGAACAGAAUCACGCACAAUAUGAAAGAGAAAGACGCAGGAGGAGACGACAGGAAAUUGAAGAAAGAGAAUUUCAAUAUGCUGUACGCGAGAAAAAUCGUGAGAAUCGAAUAAGAAUACGCGAAGUUAAUCGCACACUUCCAAACCAGAUUGUGGAGGAUGAAGAAGAACGGAGAAGAGCUAGGUGGCAAGAGACAGAGAUGGUCAGAGAUCGAUACAAUAUAGUUGAAGAGGAUGACAGAGAAAGACAGAAACGUCGGAGAGAUGCUAAAGAAGAAAGGGAGUUGCAGGAGGCUAUUCGUCAAAAUAGACAUGACAACAGCGUAAUGCAAGCAAGAUUAAAAAGACCUGUGCGACAGGAUUUGGACCAAACUAUGAGUGAAGAAAUUCUUAAGGAAAUGGAAGAAUUAAGAGAAAUGAUGACUAUUUUCAGGAUAAAAGAAUCCAUAACAAUGUCAGAGCUGCGCGAAUUUCAAGAGGAAUACAUAACACUUGAGGAGAAGCAGAGGGAUAUGGAAUCUUACCCAGUUGCGAUACCUAAGGAGAAUAAUGGGAAUGCAAGUUUACUCCCAAGGAUGACAAAUGUUGUUGCGAGUACAUCGCAGGGAAGUCAAGGAAAGAAUAUUACAGAGGUGGAAAAAAAGCUGGUAGCCAUGGGUAGCGCAGAUCAAGAAGAGUUCGAAAGAGAACACAAAGAAAAAUAA